UUGCUAUGCAAACUUUCCCACUUGCUGUACAGUGAGGCAAAAGACAAAUGCUACACUGAAUAUCACGUUAUUUGGCCUCAAAAGAGUUUUAUUCCAGGGUUUUGCAAUAAAGUUUGCAAAUGUCUGGUGAGUCGUCGCUAAAGAAGAGGCCGGGCACAGCUCUCUCCGUCGUGACUGAGUUCAGUGGAUCUGGUUCAUUAAACCCCAAACCUGCUGCUGCUGCUGAAGAGCUGCUGCUCGAUCCGAGUCUUUCAGCGGAGAAACUGAAAAUCCUGUCUGGAUCAGACGAGUUACAAGAAGUGUGGUCGCUGGAGAUGUGUGUCGACACCCGAGAGGAGACUCUGGACAACUUCGGAAUCUACUUGCCCAAACUUACACAGCUGAAGAUGAGCAACAGCCUGAUCUCAUCCGUGCGAGAUCUGGGAACCGGCUUCUCCCUCCUGCAGGUCUUGUGUCUGGCUCGAUGUGGUCUGACCGACCUGGAGGGGAUUUCUGCUCUUUCCUCCUUAAAGGAGCUGUAUGCGGCAUUCAACAGCAUCUCAGACCUGAGUCCAGUCAGUUUGCUGGAGGAUCUGGAGCUGCUGGAUCUGGAGGAGAACGAGGUUGAAGAUCAGGCUCAGUUGUGGUAUUUGGGCCGUUGUGUGACGCUCAGGACACUUUCACUGGAAGGAAACCCUGUGUGCACCUGCCCCGCUCCAGGAGCCUCUGAGGUCUCGGGCUACAGCUACAGGUCUGCGGUGCGUGAGCUGAUCCCUCAGCUGAUCUUCCUCGAUGACGCUCCUGUUGAAGAGGACAAACCUCAACGCUGCAAAGCUUCACUGCAGGACUGGACUCUUCUCAGAGAAUCCAUCAGAGACGGCCUGGAGCUCACAGAUGCAGACACAGGUAAAGACAAACAGCAGCUUCUGGAGACUGUCUCAGCAGCACUCCAUGUGUUUAAGAGCGGCGUCAGACCUGCUUCAGCUCGGCCUGGAGAUCUGAGAAGCCGUCCAGACAGCACCAGACCUCUCACUUCCUGCAGCGGAUCAAGACCAGGACUGACCGGCUCCAACAUCACCGUCCUGAACCACGAGGCCAGCGAUCUGACCAACGGUGUUGGGCGAGUUCUCUGUGGGAAUCCACUACAGGCUGCUCGAGCUCGAAGACAGAAAAUAAAGCUCCAAAACUCCAGCUCUCAAACUCGUCCCAGCACACGGAUCAGUAACUUCAUUCCUGAACACACGUUUGAGCAUGAAGAGUGGAGCAGCCGGGAUCACAGGGAUGUUUUUACUGAACUCAGAAGCUGGAGGAUUGAGCACAACAAACGUCUGUUGGUUAUUGAGAAGGAGCGGCAGCCGCAGGUGAUGAGGAUCCACCACAGCGAUGAUGAAGAUGAUGAUGAAGGCAGUCACAGCCAUAGUUUCAGCAGCGAUGACAUCACUAGAGACACGAGCUCUCCUGAUUGGUCCGUUCAGUGUCCCUCAGCAGAAUCUGCAGAGAUGUUGAGACUCAGCUCUUCAUCAGGCUGUUCGAUGUCUCCCUCUCCUCCACCCAGAGCAGCAGCAGCGCCCCCUGCUGGCCGGAGGAUCACACAGCUCCGCACUCGGAGACUCAGAGCUCAUCCUGCAGACGUCAGUAAAGCCAGAGCAUCAGAGGAGACUCAUGGGACUGAGAGCAUGAUGACUGUAAGAUCUCAGACUGCGUGUCCUCAAAUCAUCCACAAACCUCACAGACCCUCCACCAGUCCUCUUAGAGCACAAUGGUCAGAAGCUACUGAGGAUCAUCAACACUCAGACAUCCAACAUAAACCAAUAAUAGGCUCUGAAAAACUGACGCCCAGACGCCCACAAACAGCCAGAGCUGCACUGCAGAGACUACCAGACCGGAAACAUCUGCCUGAAAUGAUGCAUUGUGGGUCAGAGAUCAUCCAUCUUCACUGCAGAAGUAUUUCAGGUUUGAUUGACAGGAGAGUCUCAGCACAGAUAUCAUGUGAUCUCUGACACAGACUGCAGAUCUAUUGGACGAUAAUGUCAGGUGACUGUGAUUGUGAACUCUGUUCUCCUGCGGUGGAUCUGCAGCAGCGCAGCUUCAUCUCUGGCAGAUUGCUAGCAUGUCUGCUCUUGCAGGUUCAGUGUUUGCAGGCAGGUGCAGGUGCAGUUAUUCCACACGUCUCUGAAAGAUUUUCCACAGAUGACAGUCAGAAACAGUGUUGUUCUGACAAACACCACAUAAUUUACUGGCCACAAUCUCCACAGGCUCUGAGCCUUUUAACCAUUUUGGGCAGAAUUUUGUAACGAGUUUUUUGUGCACAUCCAGAUAUAUGUUGUUAAUAUUUGGCAAAUGGAGGAUGGAAAAUUGUUAAUAAAGGCAA